ACAGCGUAUGCCAAACCAAUCUUUAGAGAUUCCCUGAGCCAGUCCAUGUUUUGCUGUGUUCCUGCUCCCACCCACAUCUGUGCCUUGUAGUCACUGUUGACAGAGCAAAAUGUGGACUGGCCCAGAAGUUUUGAAGUAUGCUAUUUAAAAAAUAAUACUCAAUUCAGAACUGCUUUAGGAGAGUCGUAGGACUACUACUUCCCAAAUGCCAAGGAAUAUUUAUAUACAUUUUCAUUAUUUAUUGAAACACAUACAAGUUGAAGUACAUUUAUUUAAAAGGGAGCACCAACUGAUAAAUAACAACAACAACAAUAUGAUAUGAGUAAAUAUGUGUACAUAUAUUUUCUUUACUUUACUUUAUAUUGUAAGCUAAGGUGACAGGGUGGUUAUUUUUAAUUUUUAAAUUAAUACAUUGAGGCCACAAAUUGCUAUGUUGAGGUCAUGAAUUAAUAUAGUGUGGCCACAAGUUAAGUUUCUCAUAACUCGUGGCCUCAAUGUGUUUAUUUGUGGCCUCAAAAAAUCACCAUACAUCGCAUAUCACAUACAUAUUUGGAUGUGAAGAAAUAUUAUGCUAUAUACUUUUGUUCUGUGUGGGUUUCUUCAGGCGUGUUGGGAGUUGGCACGGAGUAAAAUGUGGAGUGGCUCGGAAUCCUGGUGGACCGGAUUGUAAAAACGCUGGGCGCUCCCUCACUGAGAAAAGUGUGAGAGGAGGAGAGUGAGUCCUGGGGUGAGCAGUCAGCGGUGUGAGCUGUGUGAUGGUCGCUCUCUCUGAGUUUGUGCUCUGUCAGCCUCCGGCUGCCGCAGCGCCUUCAGAGGCAGCCUAGCCGGACAGGCAGCGAGUUAAAGACACCCAGCACAGACAUGGCACUGGACUGCAGAGGAGUUCUCCUCUCUGCCUUCGACUACAAGACGGAGAAAUACGUUAUCGCGAAGAAUAAGAAGGUCGGAGUUCUGUACAGACUCAUUCAGCUGUCUCUGCUCGGCUAUAUCAUCGGCUGGGUGUUCGUGAUGAAGAAAGGCUACCAGGAGACUGACGAAUCUAUUCAGAGUUCAGUCAUAACCAAAGUGAAAGGGGUUUUACUCACCAACACAUCAGGCACAGGACCACGACUCUGGGGGCCGGAAGACUAUGUGAUCCCACAACAGGGAGAGGCAGUGCUUUUCAUAACCACCAACUUCUUGGAAACACCAAAUCAGAGAUUAGGCUACUGCGCUGAGAGUUUUAAGGUAUUAGAUGGCCGCUGUAGGGAGAAUGGAGACUGUCCAGAGGGAGAGGCAGUUAUAGCUGGCAAUGGAGUUAAGACUGGACGCUGCUUGAAGAAAGACAGGAACUCUACUGGUACCUGUGAGAUAUACGGCUGGUGCCCCAUUGAAAGAAGCCACAGACCAGAUGUGCCUUUAUUAGGAAAAACUGAAAGGUUUACCAUAUACAUAAAGAACUUCAUCAGGUUUCCCAAGUUUGGCUUCUCAAAAUCAAAUGUCUUAGAGACAGCCACGGACACAUAUCUGAAGAAGUGUUUGUAUGAUGAGGUUGCUCAUCCAUACUGCCCCAUAUUUCACCUCGGAGAUAUUGUCCGUAGAGCCGGAUAUGAUUUUCAAGACAUGGCCCUGCUGGGUGGGUCAAUCGGAAUCCUAAUUGAGUGGCAUUGUGACCUGGACAAAGGCUACUCAGAGUGCCACCCCCGCUACACUUUCACACGGCUGGAUGUCAACGCCAUGCCCAACUCAGUCUCAUCUGGAUACAACUUUAGAUACGCCCGCUACUUCAAAAAUGCUGCUGGAGAGACUCACAGAACGCUUUUAAAGGUGUAUGGGAUUCGCUUCGACAUCCUGGUCCACGGCAAAGCUGGAAAGUUUAAUAUAAUUCCCACAAUUAUAAAUCUAGGCUCUGGUCUCGCCUUAAUGGGUGCUGGGAGCUUUUUCUGUGAUAUGGUGCUUCUAUAUAUGAUGAAGAAGAGUACCCUAUACAGGGAGAGGAAAUUUGAAAAAGAUAACAAGUAUGUCCUACAAACACACAUACAUAACCACGAGUCACAGUUAUUGGCACCCCUGCAUUUAGUUUUGCACAACCCCUCUCUGCCACCUUUACAGCAAUGAGUCUUUUCCUGUAAUACUGAGACGAGAAUAUAAUGAGAAUAUGUCAUUAAACACACAUGAUUCAGCCCAUCAGCUAAUUAGCAAGGCCUUCGUGAACUGAAUUCAGAGUGUUAGAUGAGGGUAAACACUAAUCUCCACAGCUUUUUGGCCCAGAAGGUUUGACAUGCCUGUUUUAGAUCAUGGUCCUGCUGGAAGAUCCAGCUAUGACCCAGAGUUAGCUUAUAGGCAGAAGCAGCCAAAUUUU